AUGUCGGCGUUAAGCAAGCGUCAGCAGGCGCGCAACGAGCGGACGCUACAGGAUCUGAUCACCUCGGUGCCCGGGAACGAUAGGUGUGCGGACUGCCAGGCCAGAAAUCCAGGAUGGGGGAGCUGGAAUCUGGGAAUAUUCCUGUGCAUGCGCUGCGCAACAUUGCACCGUAAACUUGGCACUCACAUAUCCAAGGUCAAGUCUCUUACCAUGGACAGCUGGACAGCAGACCAGGUCGAGGUUAUGAAGAAGAACGGGAAUAUAGCGGUAAAUCGGAUAUACAACCCCCGAAACGUCAAACCGUCCAUCCCCAUCGACAUCGACGAGGUAGACUCUGCCAUGGAACGGUUCGUGCGCAAAAAGUACGAACUCAGGGCCCUCGAGGACGGUAAACCCAAGCCGCCCAGCAGACAGGAUCCCAGCUACACUUCGAAACCUUCCGUCGACUUCUCCCCUUCUCCCGCCGCCCUUCCUUCCAAGCCGAGGUCGAGAUUUGGCUUCGGUCUACGCUCGAUAUCUUCCUCUCACCUGUCCACGAGCUCUGACAGGUCAGCCACCUCUGCCCCUUCCCCGCGGCGCAGAGAGAGUCUCGAGACUCAGACUGUUUCCCUACCGAAUAAUAAGCAGUCGAGGACACUAGGGGUGAGCAUUGCAGACCAUAAUAAUAAUAAUGGAUCUCUUGAGUCGAAGCUGGAGAGACUGCGGGACAUGGGCUUCAUGGACGAGAAGAGGAACAUGACCAUACUCAAGGGGCUAAACGGCGAUGUCGAACGGUGCAUAGAUACCCUAACCAGGCUAGGAGAGAAGUCGUCCAUAAGCGGAUCGAGGUCUCCAACUUCACCUACCGGUACGCAGAGUGGCUAUAGGACGUCCUCCGGCUCGACAGACAGGUUCACCCCGCCAUCUUCAUCUUCAAAUCCAUUUGAUAAGCUGCCCGCGAGUGUAGCUACGACCGGGACGGUGGGAAUAUCAAUAAACAGGGCAGCUACCGCCGGCAAUACUCCGGUCGAGCAGAAACAGGUUUCUCAUAAUCCGUUUGAUGCCCUGGACCAGUCUUUCCAGAAUCUCCAGGUCUCCUCCCAGCAGCCUCUCUUCCCAAACAUGACAGGCGGAUACCCAAGUCAGCAGGGGAACAUACAGCUCUCGCGACCUCAGCAAUCCAUGACUUCCUCCUGUCCCUACAUUGCAACAUCAGAAUCAGCUGCUACACCAGAAACAGCAGCUCUACGGCGCAGUAGCUCAAUCACAACUGAACGGGCAUGCAACCCCAGCCUCAGGCAGCAGCAGCAACUCUACGCUCAACAACCUGCCAUGCCUGCCUAUCAAACUCAGCUCAUGCAACCGCAACCUCAGCAACCCCUGCAGUUCCAGCAGCCGCAGAAGGCCCAUAGAAUAGAUAAAUCCAGCAUUCUUGCGCUCUAUAAUUUCUCCCAGCCACCCCCUACCAUCCCUGAACAACCGCAGCAGCAGCAGCAACAGCAACAGCAACAGCAACAACCUCAGCUCCCACACUUACAAACGAACACUGCAUUUUCCACAAACCCAUACCAGGCAAACACCAAUACUAGCCCUAUGGUUCUAUCCGCCCCAGCAACUACAGGAUCAUACGCAAACCACAAUCCGUUCUUCACCUCCACCAACUCAACCCCCAGCCAGCCAGCCAGCAUGGUCCCUACAGCGCCAUCCCAAACACAGGGCCCAGCCCAUUCAGCGCCCAACAACGUGGGCUUUGCUCGAACCCACGUGAGCCAGGAAUCCAUUGAUAUCAGACAGGCACACAAUGGCCGACACAGCCCCGACAUUUUCGCUAGUUUAAGCGCACGGUAUUAA